AUGCAGUCGCUAAGUGCAAUGUGCAAUAGUAAGACGCGAGGGGGAAGUGAUGCGUGUCAUCCCUUGUUACUAAAUGGUACACCUGAUAAACAAGGAAUGGAAAAAAAAAGAAGGCUGAGUGUUGGAGCGGUUAGCUUAAAUGCAGCAUUAACCCCUCCUCAUUCAUAUACAAGCAUUGAGAAGACACCUGAGCAAGAAAAUAAGAAUCAGCAACCCUUAUCUCCAGAGUUAUCAUCUCCACUUCGGCCGCCUAAACUGAAACGGCCUAAGAUAUCGUUAGAGGGGUCUGUAAAUGGGUCUAAUACGCGUUCUAGCAGUACGAAUAGUCUCGAGGAGCUAAUAGACCAUCUCUCUGAUGCGAAUAAAGUGUCUGUGUUGCAAGAUCCUGCUAAAAAGCCCCCUUAUUCGUAUGCCAUGCUGAUUGGGGUUGCUAUUCUGCAAUCUAAAGAUGGAAGGCUGACGCUGUCGCAGAUAUACAGGUGGAUUUCAUCGCAUUUUCCAUAUUACAAGCUCUGUGAUGCUGGAUGGCAGAAUAGCAUUAGGCAUAAUUUGUCGCUGAACGAGGCAUUUGUUAAGGGCGGCAAAUCACUUGACGGCAAAGGUCAUUUCUGGGAGGUCAAAUCAGGUUGCAAGAGUAAGUUCUUUAAAAAUGGACCUAGCCAAUUAGAUUCAGAGCUUAGAAGAAAGCUGCAGUCCGCAAGCAAGGCAUUGGGAGCUGUAGAGUUGCCCAUUGUACCUCCUGCAAUAACAUCAGAGCCUGAAUGCGAGGCUCGAUUGUCUAAGCCCAAGACUCCUCAAGGUAAGAGUUCGAAUUGUGGGAAAGCUGCAGGGAGUUACCAUAUGUUUAGGAAGAAAUAUAGAAACCCUGAUACUUCUGAAGAGUACGAGUCAGACUCCGAUUUCGAUGAUCGGAACCACAACGAUGACACGUCAUUGUCUCUUCGGCACAUCGCACCAAGCUCGCCCGCAUCACUAGAAACCAAUUCUACAGAACAGCUAGCUGUUGCUGUUCAAAAUAUCGACAGACGAAAGUAUGCUGACGAAUUCUGUUUCUUGAAUGCGGAGUAUAGCUUUCAAGCUAAUCAUCACGGCACAGCAAAAGCUGACAUCGAAACCAAAAUUGCGGAAGCUGCAAACCUCAAGAGGGCACACACAACUGCUGGUCUGUUAAAUAGUGACCAUCUAGGAUUUGGUGCUUGCGAGGAGGACAUCACGUCCUCGCCCCUUUUGCGACGCUAUACUUGCUCGUUCAAUACAUGCAUUGAGCCCACUUCACCGCAAGAUAAAUCUACAGAUAGUGGCCCACUAAUGGAAAACACACUUCCACAUCAGCAGGAUCUUCUGAAAACCCCAGGCACACAUGACUUACCGAGCUUAGCUUUACUAAGAACCCCGUUGGUGACCACUCCUCGUACAAACUCUGCUUCAACGGGCAAAUUGCAGACUCCAUUUUUUGACGACUUUUUUGGUUCACCACUAGUUAUCAAACCAUCGGGCACUCCCAUUGUUUGUAUAGAUGAUUGCAUUGUUGAAGACGAACGGCGUAUGGAAUUCAAGUCUCCUAGAAAACCCACCACCGCAUCCUCUACUGGCUCAAGAGGCUUACAGCGCUCCCAAAAAAUGCUCGAAUCAUCCACAAUUUCUAGCAAUGCCCUAUUUGGCGUCGAUGUUUGUUCUAUUUGGAAGCGCGCUGUCGAAAACUUUGAACUGGAUGAUAGGUCGUUUGGUGAUUUACAGGAUCGCAGCAAGAAACAACUGGAUCGCCCGUUCAAGUUCGCAGCAAAGAAAACAAAGAAAUGA